UUCCACCUUCAACUAAGAUAACAAAACCUCCUAAGCGGCUAAACCUAACGUAACAGCUCAGACCCUUUUCGUCUUCCAAAUCCACUUUCGCCGCCUGACCACCAGCAUUUGUCGUUGCCGCCCGUCCCAGGGAUCAUCAGCCAUUGUUUCAUCUACCCCUAAUCACCGCUUGGUGUUCCUGUAUCUGUUGGCGUCGCAUUAAGGUUACUCAUCGGCAACGCAGUCUCUAUUGGCAUCAAUCUAAGGUCACUCAUCGAAGAACAAAAUUCAAAGGAUUAAUCAAAUGCCUCGGAAACCUCGUUACACCGCUAGUAGUGCAGCUCGUACUGUUGCUGCCCCUGAGAAUCAAACCCAAGCUACUCUGGAUCGAACCACAUAUGCGGGAGCUAACACUUCAAGUGCAGAACGACGUGCUAGAGCGCCUCCACUUCCGCAUUCGUGCAACAGUGGUCGACAAUCUCGUGCUAAUGCUGUGCCGUUUCGACCUCCACGCAAUGAAAGACGGUUGGCUCCGUUGAGUGACACGGGUCACUCUCGAGCUCCUGCAAUGCGCACAGAGAGUUGGGAUCGCGAUGAAGAUGCAGAUGUCUAUUCAGAAGAUGAAGACUAUGACCCAGAGGCGGAUGAGGUCGAGUCGUUUGAUGAUCAUGUGGACGACUUGUUUGCCGCGCAUGAAGCUGAACAUCGAGGCAAUGCUAACAGCAAAAAAAGGACACCGAUUUUUGGGAAGUUGAUGUCAUUGAAAACGGCGUGAUAAAAAGGAUGGAUCUUACGGUUAAGGAGGCAUUAGCACUUCCUCCUAGAAGGAAGAUCGUACUCCACCUUAACAAGGAGAUGCAAGAAGUUGGUCAAUCAGCUGGCCUAUUAAGCGGGUUCUUGGGGAGUUUGGGGGCUGAUUUUCAACAGUUACCAAUUUGUGAAGAAAGUUGGAGGACAAUGAACAAGGCUAUCAAGGAGCACGUGUUUGACCAGUUCAAGCGAGUGUUUCACUAUGAGGAUGAUGGAGGAGGAAGAAUAAAGCUGAGAAUCAUACAAAGGAUAGGAAGAAACUGGAAGAACACAAGAAAUAACUUGUUCCAUAAGUUUUAUGAUAGUAGAAGGACUUUUGAGCAAAAUGCCAACCAUAAACCAUCAGGAAUAGAUGCAAAUCACUGGAAGUGGUUUCUUGAGUAUCGGUUGAAGGAUUCAACAAAGGAAAAGUGCAGAAAAAAUGCUGCAAACCGUGCAAAGCAACGUUACACAUAUACUGGAGGUUCUAAAACAUUGGCCAGAAAACGACAUGAAGAAGAGCAACGACAGGGAAGACCUAUUGAUAGAGGAGAGAUAUGGACCAUGACACAUAAAAAACAGGAUGGCACGUAUAUAAAUGAAGAUGCGCGUCUUGUUGGUGAAGCAAUUGAGCAUAUUGAGAGCCAAGACGCCUCCAGCAAGGAGCUUUCACAGAAUGAUUCCCUCUCACAAGUUCUUGGCAAGGAGCAUCCAGGACGAGUUCGUGGAAUGGGUUUCGGACCGUGUCCCACUCAGUGUUUUCGUUAUAUUCCACAACAGUCAGCCUCCAGUGUGCAAGUUGAGGAUUAUCAAAAGGAAAUUGCAGAACUUAAGGCAGAGGCAGCAAUACUAAAGGCAGAGAGAGCAGAGGACAAGGCAAAGUCACAAACAAUGGAGAAUUUGUUAAGAUACCUAAUACAGCAACAAGGAGGUAAUUUGCCUCCUGACGUAGCUGCGAAUCUGGAAGCUUUAGGAGGUGCACCGACCGUAUCCCGGGCAACAUGAUCUUGUGGCACUAAUGAUCUAAAUGAAAUAUUAUGGAACCAAAUCAAUUGAUCUAAAAAAACUUUGAAUCUGAACACUUAUUUAUUGUUUGCUGUGUAAUGACCUUUGACUUUUUAAUUUUCUAGUUUACAAACUUUUUUAUUGUUUGUUGUUUAAUGACUUGAGUUUUUAAUUUUUAGUUUACAUACAUUGAUGUACUGAAGACAAAUUUCUCUUAUGAUGAU